CUCCUCCAAUCCAGACAAAAGAAGGAGAAAGGCGAGGAAGAACCUUAUCUCAGCACCUUGGACACGGCUUCCAGCACACACACAUACACACACUUCCGAACCUUCGCACCUUUAUUGUCCAACAUAACCCGGUCCAUUCGAACCGCUGAAAGCCGUGUUCCAAUGAUGUCAUACCUGUGGAUCCUGCUGCUCUCUGGAGCCUUGUUGGCUGGACGUGCUAACACACAAGAUGACGUGGCCCCAACAGAGGAUGAUACCGUCCAUUCAACCUUGCUGCCUGAAAUUGUCGAGAAUUUAGACUUACAUGCUGAAGCUGGAAUAGAGAAAAUAGUGCCAGUAAGUGAACCUGAGCCAACUGAUGCUGGAGCCCAUGAACAUGUGACUCCACCUGAAGGAGAAGCACAACCAGACGCGCCGUCAGAGACAGACCCAGAACCUGAUCAAUCACAACCAGAGGCUACUGCAGACAAAGAACCAGAGGCUACUAUCGAAGGAGAAGCAGAAACAGCUCCAAAAGUAGAAGAAGAGUCUACAGCCGAACCAGAACCAGAGGCUGCAGCAGAACCGGAACCAGAGGAUGCAGCAGGUCCAGAGGCUGCAGCAGGACCAGCAUCAGAACCAGAUGUUGCACCAGAACCAGAGGAUGCAGCAGAACCAGCAGCAGAACCAGAACCAGAGGAGGCAGCAGAACCGGAGGCUGCAGCAGAACCAGAACCAGAGGCUACAGCAGAACCAGAACCAGAUGCUGCAGCAGGACCAGCAGCAGAACCAACAGCUGCAGCAGAACCAGCAGCAGCACCAGAACCAGAAGCAGAGGAUGCAGCAGAACCAGAAGCAGAGGAUGCAGCAGACCCAGAACCAGAGGCUCCGGCAGAACCAGAACCAGAUGCUACUGCAGAAGGAGAAGCAGAAUCAGAGGCUGCUGAGUCGGAAGCAGCGUCAUCAACGCAAGGUCCCGCGGCCGGUCCUGAACAUCCAGAUUCUGCGCAAGACAUUCCCGAUGUGGAUGAAGAACCGAGCACCAGCACUGCUGAUGUAUCGCAUGCCCACGAAGAGCAUGGCUCUGAAGAUGAAGGCACAGCAGGAGCAGAUGCAGCUGUGCCACAUGACCAGUCGGCUCAUGCAGGCGUGGAGGUGGACGUUGGCACAGAAAUAAAGGCCCAGGUCCCUUCAGAUGGAGGCUUUAACUUGGAAGAUGCUCUGUCACGAGGCAACGCGCAGGACACGCCAGCCCAUUCAGGGAGGAGCAAGAAUGCGGGAUCAGGGGCGCAUGCUGCUGAAGCCACAGGAGGAGAAAUCGACGCUGAAGAAUCCGGCUCGGGCUCCUUGGCAGCAAUUUUGUGUGCAGUGGGUGUGGCCUUUGUGGGUGCAGGCACCGCAUAUUAUACCUACCAGAAGAAGAAACUCUGCUUCAAGAAUUUACACGAAGAAGACCCUGAGGCUGCUCGCAAAGCCGACGCAGGCGAGGCCCAGUCGGACCCUCAAGUCCUUAGCAAUUUGCUGAACUCCUCAUAGAGCGGAGUUGAUCAUGUGACUCGACCUGGACCAACCACAGUCAAGCAAAGUGGCAAGCUCACUGUUAGGCUUUAUCCACUGUGGAGCUGCAUUACUGUGAGGCCCCCGGUUGGCGGCUGUGUGUGUGUGUGUGUGUGUGUGUGUGUGUGUGUGUGUGUGUGUGUGUGUGUGUGUGUGUGUGUGUGCGUGUGUGUGUGUGUUUCAAAAAGGGACUGAAAGUGUGUACGUGUGUGUAUUCAUUAGCACAGGAUGUGGGUAAAAGCAACAAAGCAACUUAAUUUGCAUCAACAAUUGGCCAGACAUUUUGUUUGUCCAAGUUUUUCCAAAUACUUUUGAUAAUUUUAAUGAGGCACGCCCAUCAAUUUAUAGGUAUUGGGAAAAAAAAACAACACUGUGAGUGAUGUCCUUUUAUUGUCAGUUCCAUUAUUGUAUGUUGACAGGGUUUAUUUCAAAUCAGCCACAAUCUUGACGACGUAAUUGACUACCUUUGAAAACUAUGUCAACAAAAAAUACAUGUUAAGCAGUGUACGCACAUCUGAACCGAUUUUUGUUAUGACACACAUGAUAAGUUAAAAAAAUCAAAAUAAAAUCGCAAGUGUGGAAUUCCUGCCCCACACAAAGAUAUACAGACGGGGUGGGAAAAAAAUCACUCGUGACAUGCCGCAGUCUGUACACUCAAUUUUUCACAGACAUCUCACAAUCAGGCCUUUUGCUCAUGUUGUUCAAAAGGGAAGAAAAAUGCUCAGAUUCGGCCGGAUUAUCAAUGCAUGUGUGUGCAGAGCGAUUCAAGUAGUUAGUGGAUGGGAAACGGAAGUUCAGAUGCAAUAGUUGCUCUAUUGUGGCAAAGACAAAUGACUUGGAGUAGGUGAGAGUUGAUCCAUUAAAUCAGGAAAUACGUCAUGUAUUGCCUAAACAUUGAGAUAUACUGUACAUAAACUAAUGAUUAAUGAACAAAAAAAAAAAGACUAGUGUCUUUUACAGCAUACAGUACUGUACGUGACUCCCUUAGCUUCAAAACAGCAUCUCAAUCAAAAUUAGAUUUUUAUCGGGGGACUCGGUGAAACUGACUUGCAACUCUUUUUAGCUAAGUUUGGGAACCCUGCUGCGACGAGCAAAAAGUAUCAGCACUGAUGUGGGUUCCAAACAAGACAUUUUGAACUUGGAAGACUUUGGCAAAGGCUCCUUUUCUGUUCCAAGAGGCAUGAUUGGUUGAUGUUUAUGGACUGAUGGACAAUAGCACCACCCAAAAGAGAAGACACUGCAACAUUUCCAUUUUCUAGUUUGGCGUCUCAAUACUUUUGCUCAUUUUGGUGUAUUUUAAGACGUAAAAAAAAAACAAGAAAAAAGUCCCGAUAGCGUUUUAGUGGCUGAGGUCAUGUGUCACUGUGAGUUUUGUACUUCGAUGUUGUCAGUCUGGUUUCUCUAGAGUGCCUUUCACCGUCCCUAUCUGGCUUGUCCCGUGUACAGACACACUGAAUGUCUCCUGAAUGUCCACUCUUGAACGAGAUGUUCACUUUAAAAGCCCGUCGAGCACUUAGCACUUGGCACUCUCAAGCCACAACUGAAGAGAUUCACCUGCACGGUUGAAUUACGGUACAGUCAGUCUGUCCAGUCGAACCGGGAAACUCCUCAGCGGAGGAGGCCCGGCAGCUUGAGAAACAUCAUUUGCUUUAAUGCGGACUCUUGCGAUUUCACUGAGCUGACGACUUUUUGUCUGCUCAGAAUGGAGACUUUCACAUCGCAUUUCGCCUUUAUUUAUCGUCAAAUUUGAGUCUGAGCAUAACAUUCAACGACUAAAACCCAUUUUUCUUCAGCUAUGAGAGUGAAAAAUGUGAUAUCUUCAUUAAGUAAUAAUUACAUGCUCUAUUCCGCCCCCGCCCCCUAUUUUGUUUGUAAAAAUACUACAUUUGAAAGUUGCCUGAAAACAAUAAUUACCAUAUUGAUUUAGAGUAGCUGUUGCAUGAACCUAACUGUACAUUGUGGGGUGGUAUUGUUUGAUCAAGCGAUGUGUGUAACGUGUGACAAUGGUUAGUUAGAAUGUAAAGUCUGAUUGU